UGCUUAGCACUGUGAUUGGAGCGUUCAGUUCCGGAGCGACUGGAGCUGAAACCUCGGCGACGUUGGGAGGCAGUGACAUCUGGGAGGCGAACAGCAGAGGAAAACAGCUCCAGAGAUCUAGGUUGAAGCUGUUGCCUGAAAGGUGGACCCAACCUAGCUGAUGUGAAGGCAUUUCUCUACAGUGUGGAAGUGGCUAUAGACUUCCAAAAGAAAGAGGAAGCACCCCCCUUUGUAAGGACCACAGUGGCGGGAGGGAUUGUGAUGUACUGAAGUUCCCAAUAUGGGCAGACGCCACCCUGGAGAACUGUAUCCCUUUGAUAACUCAGAUUUGUAAUUAUUGCCCGCCUCUCGUGCUUUGGCCUGCUGACGUCUCCUCCGGUGGUUCAUGUCUGAAGUGCUUCCAGUUGACUCCUCCUCCAUCAUGAUGUCAGUGUGCGUACCGCAGUCCCACAGCACCUCCCCUGGACCGGACGUAGCCAAUCGCGGCAGCCCCCUGCCCACCCCGCCCACCUCCCUCAGCCUGCGCUCCUCCCACAACCAGCUGCUGAACUGCGAUGUCAUCAAGCAGGGUGCCAGUGAGCUGCGCGGCUCAGCCACCCCGCCCAAGUGUCGCAAGAAAUACGCCCUGACCAACAUCCAGAGCGCCAUGGGGCUGGGGGAGCCGCUGCUGCCGGCCGGCGCCCCCUCUUCCACCUCCUCCACCUCCUCCUCCUCCUCCUCCGCCUCUUCCGCCAACCCCAAACUGGCCAAGAACGGCGCCAACCAGCUCCGCAAGGCGGCGGAGCAGAAUGACCUCAACAAGAACGUGACCACCGUGGACCCGACGGACGGCGGCGAGGACGAGAGCGACGGGUGCAACAACGUCCCCGAGAAGCCGGAGGGGAAGGAGACCAAGGCCCCGCCGCCGAGGAGCAAGAGCCUCCUGGACUACUACGCCUCCGACCCCCCCGACCCGCCCAAGGAGGACGACCCCGCCUUGCCGCUGCUGGCUGGGGACGAGACGCACCGCCCGCCCCCGACUCCGCCCAAGCAGCCCAGUCCCGGCUACGCCCCCCCGCUGUCCGCCGCCUCCUCUUCCUCCAGCCCCGAGACCAAGAAGGACCGGCCCAGGAACGGGGCCAAAACGGACUGCGCCCUCAACCGAAUCCAGAGCCUGGCCCCCAGCGAUGAGGACUCCAGCUGGACCACCCUGUCCCAGGACAGCGCCUCCCCUGUGUCCCCUGAGGAAGCAGACGUGUGGAGCGACCAGACCUUCCAGACGGACCCAGAUCUGCCGCCGGGAUGGAAGAAGAUCACGGACAUGGCGGGGGUCUAUUACUGGCACAUCCCCACCGGCACCACGCAGUGGGAACGCCCAACCGCUCGGCCCGGUGCCGCCGCCGCCGCCGCCCCCGCCCUCGACUCCAAGCCCGCGCCCUCCUCCCCGCAGGUGGCCCACAAGCCCUCGCUGGGGUCCCCCGACACACCCACCACCCCGGAAAACGAGCAGCACGCCGAGGUGUUUUUCGGGGCGUCCCAGCGCUCGGACAGCACCGCCUCCGACAGCUCGGUGGAGCGGGUGCCCCCCUCUUCCUCGUCUGACAUCUCUGUGCCCUCCUGCGGGUUCGUCAACACCUGCUACUUCCCCCGCUCACCGUCAUCACAGAUCAUGGCAGAGCAAGAGAGUCAUCCAGAGUUCCUGCAGGAGGAAGACGACAAGAAACAGCCGUGGACUGAUUUUGCUCUUCUGAGCGGGGGAAAGAUUGAUAGUGAGAUUUGGAAGGACCUGCAGGCGGCGACGGUCAACCCCGACCCCAGCCUGAAGGAGUUCGAGGGAGCUACCCUACGCUACGCCUCGCUCAAGCUGAGACACCAACCACACUCAGAUGAAGAGGACACGCGCAGCGUCAACAGUGACCCAGAAUCCAAGUGCUUCGCCGUGCGCUCCCUGGGCUGGGUGGAGAUGGCGGAGGAGGACCUCGCGCCCGGGAAGAGCAGCGUCGCCGUCAACAACUGCAUCCGCCAGCUCUCCUACUGCAAGAACGACAUCAGGGACACCGUGGGCAUAUGGGGAGAGGGGAAGGACAUGUACCUGAUUCUUGAGAACAACAUGCUGAACUUGGUGGACCCCAUGGACCGCAGCGUGCUCCACUCCCAGCCAAUCGUCAGCAUCCGCGUCUGGGGCGUCGGCCGCGACAACGGCAGAGAGAGGGAUUUUGCCUAUGUAGCGAGAGACAAAGACACCCGGAUACUAAAAUGUCAUGUGUUCCGAUGUGACACCCCUGCAAAAGCCAUCGCCACAAGUCUUCACGAAAUCUGUUCCAAGAUUAUGGCCGAGCGCAAGAAUGCCAAAGCUGUAGCCGGCAGCUCCCUGCAAACGGGCUCUGACGUCCCUCUCCAGGCAGAGUUCCCCACACCAAAGACAGAGCUGGUGCAGAAGUUCCAUGUCCUGUACCUGGGAAUGAUGCCUGUGGCCAGGCCCAUAGGAAUGGACAUGCUCAACGGAGCCAUAGACAGCAUAAUCUCCUCCUCCGAGAAGGACGACUGGACACCCGUCAUCCUCAACGUGGCCGACGCCACCGUCACCGUCAUCAAAGACAAGCAGGAGGACGAGGAGGUGCUGAUGGAGUGCCGGGUGCGUUUCCUGUCCUUCAUGGGCGUCGGCCGCGACGUGCACACCUUCGCCUUCAUCAUGGACUCGGGGAGCCAGCACUUCGAGUGCCACGUCUUCUGGUGCGAGCCCAACGCCGGGAGCGUCUCCGAGGCCGUGCAGGCCGCGUGCAUGUUGCGAUACCAGAAGUGUCUGGUGGCCCGGCCCCCUUCCCAGAAAGCCUGCUCGUCCUCCCCGCCCCCGGACUCUGUGACCCGGCGGGUGACCACCAGUGUGAAGCGGGGCGUUCAGUCCCUCAUUGACACUUUGAAACAGAAAAGGCCAGUGGGCGAACUCCCCCAGUAGUGAUCGUUAGCAGAGCAAAAAAAAAGUCAGUAAUAAGAAUAAUAAUAACAAUAAUAAUAAAUAACGUACAAGCCUUGCAUCACACUACAGCGCAAACGGGGUUGGGGGGGUGGGAGGAGGGGAAACGGCGACGGGCAAACAGUACAAAGAAUUCUACGAGACGACCGCGAAGCGCGAUUCGAGCGACGGCGAGGAGACAAGGGCGAGCCACCCCCCCCAUGCCCCCAAGCGUCCAUCGACCCUCCCCACCCACCGCGCUUUCUCCCGUCACCCGCGUGCGGCCCACAGCAUGCCUGGCCACGCCCCCGCCCCCAAACCAGCCACGCCCAGCAUCUACCGUGUGUCAAACCGAGGAAGUGCAUGAGGUUGUUAUUAAAUUUUUUUUUUUUUUUUACAAAUUUGUUUCCAUAGCGAUGGAUUUGCAGCUUCACAGCCCGAAAGAAGCACGAACACCCCACUUUUUUUUUUUUUUUUUAACGUUCGUUCUUUGAUGUCUGCUUUUGUGUUUUUCUGAUCCGGAGCGCAGCCAACACAGUCAUCCUUUCGUGCCAUAUUGGUGAUCUUAGUCUAAAACCAACUGUGCUCCGGAGUGCUCCGCGCUUCUCAUCCCUUGCCUUUAUUAGCGCUGAAAUAGACAGCCAAGAGCCAUAUCUGAGAGAGCUAAAACUGACUGAAGCCAUUCAUCCACAGAAACGCUGGGUGUAUUCCCCCCCACCCCACCCCCCACCCCCCCAUUCCCGCACCCCCCCGCCCACUUCUUAUUCUUUUAAGUCCCCGAAACAGAGACAACGCUCCUUUGAAGGUGGAUGCACUGUUCUGUUCUUCGUUUAAUUUUUUAUUUUUUUAUUUUGGAAACCACCCCAUCCUCACAGCACAAAGAGGCUCAGGUGUGAGAGAGCGGAGCUGCUUUCACCCGUAACCCCGACGGCUCCGCGUUCAGAAAGGCAGGAGACAAAAAACCCGAAGGCUGGGGAACGUUUGAAGAUAAAAAAAGAAUGUGACUUCUGUUUUAAUUUCUGACUAUUUUAUUUUAUUUUAUUUUAUUUUAUUUUAUUUAAUCUCACCGCUGCAGCUUGAAACUCCACAGACUGGACGAUUUGAAUUUUAAGGCGGACAACGUGCUCUUUGGAACUAUCUUGGUAAUGUGACACCAGUGUGUCGUUGUGAAUUUUGUGGAAGGGAGGGGGGCGGGUGUGGAUGAGGGAUGGGGUGCCAGCUCAUCCCGGAGACGAUACCCUAAAUCAAGGCGCACUGGAUUUACAUCAAACCUACGAAGUGAAAAAAUACCGAUAGCAAGAGCCUGAAGGUUCGACUGUCGUCUCCUUGCUCCUGUGCAUGUUGGACAGUAAUGCCACCUUGUCUCUCAUAAAUGUCCUUGCACUCUCUCCUAUUCUUGUUGUUCAACCAGCAGUGAUUUUUUUACAGGAAGUUGAAAGGUGUAACAGUGGGAGAAAGCCACGUGUACAGAUCUAUAUAUAAAAUUUUGCAUACAUUUAUCACUUUAUAAGCCAUUUUUAUUUUCUCUUAUUUCUCUUGUCUUGAAAGCCUUGAAAGAUAUUUGUUGAAACACUUUCUUCUGGCCAAAGUGUAAAGUAUCGAUGUACGUGUUGUGGAUGAUCAGAAAUGAAAAAACUACAAACAAAAAAAAAAAACUACAAAAAAAAAAAAAAACGCUAAGACCCAUAUUGUUGAGAUUUUAUUUUUACUGUGGUUAGGCCAAUUAGCUGUAAUGUAUCUAGAUGUUAAUGAAACGUUAUCUAUGCAUUCUGUCUAUCUAGUGGAUCUCAGAGGCAUACAGCAAAAAGUCACUUGCCUUGCAUGUCCCGUGACAAUUUAUUACAAAAAUUAUGGAAAUCGGAGAAAAAAAUGAAAGGAUUUUUACGUUUUUAUUUAUUAUGUUUUCUAUGACAGUAUACUGGUUUUUGUUAUGUUGGACAAUUGGUUCUGUUAUCCUGUAAGAACAGUGUCACUCACAACGUAGCCAGCACUAAUGAACUGUGUGAAGUCUGAAGCUGUGCGGUCCAUGUGUAAACACAGAAUCACCAGGAUGAUAGACAAGCAAUUGGUUUUGGAACCAGCCAGGCUAUGCCCACCUGUAGGGGGCGCCACAGGUGUGUCAUUUGAGACCCGUCGGCUCGGCACCACGUUCUGUGGAGAACCGGGCUUUUAAAGUAAUAUAUUUGCAGAUUGCGGUAUUAACUGUAUAGCAUAAUGCUGAAACGUCGCCCCAGAGGAGAACUAUGGUGAGAGUAGCUCCAGGAUUGUGUACCUCUGUGUCAUUCCUUCAGACCACCCAAGAAGGGUGCAGUCCCCCCCCCCAAAAAAAAUCAUUUUCUAAUGUGUAUGUUCAACUAAUGUUCUAUCCUUAAGUUCAGAAUUCAUAUAUACUUGCAUUGCCAACUUAAACUCUAAAUUUGUUACCUCAAAUGACUAAAUCAGGAGUCUAAUUUUUUUAUUGUUCACAUAAUUCAAGGGUAUGAAUUCAUUAAUGGAGAGUUCAAACUAAUGAAUGGUUUGAAGUUGUAAUUUUAGGGUUCAAGUUGGGUUUGAGAUUUCAUAUUCAUUUGAGGGUUCAAAUCAGUAAUUUGACGGUACAGGUGUAUCUAUUAGUAUGUAGAGGAUUGUAAUGAUUAAUUUGAGGGCACUAAGUACCAAUGUGCCUAUUUGUAAAUCGAGGGUUCUGAAUUAUAAUUUGUGGGUAUCAAUUAAAGGAUCUUGUCAUUUUUAUUUUAUUUUUAUUUUUUUGACAGUGUUCUUUUCAAGCCUCCUUACAGUACAUUCCCGAGGGCUCCUCAUCGUUUAAAUAAUUUUAAAAAAUGUUUUAAAUAAAAACGUAAUCUCGUAUUGAGGCCCAAAAAUGAUUAUUUUCACUUUGUACGGUUGUAUAGGACUUGUGACUUCGCUCGUGUUGUAUACAUGACAGCAUUCAUAUCUGAUGUAAAGGAAAAUUUAAUGAAUGGUAAAGUGGAGUGUCCUUUAUGACCGUGUACAUCACACUUACCCUUGGAGUCAGUAAAAUUAGCCGAGUCACCUUGUGCUAUUCGGUUCAGCGUUGGGUUGAUAUGGCAGGGACUUUGUUUUUUGGAUUGGAUAAGGAUUUCCCUUAACACAGGAGAUUCGAUCGAGGUCAGCGUUUGCUGGCAGCAGUAGUUCUGACUUGAGUUCUUUGAAGCCACAAUUCCAGCAUCAGACCAGCUGCAGAAAACGCUUCGGUCAUUAAUAAAAAGGUUUUGUUUUUUUGACCUUCUUUUUUUAUUAUUAAAUCCCUGGAGGUUUUUAAUGAAUUUCGCCGGCGUCCCAAAUGCAAGAUGUCUAACAGCAUAAGCCUGGAAAAUAGAAAAGAUGGUUUCCUCUGCUCUUCACAAAAUUUGACACCAUAUAAAUGUAAUCUGUUGUGAGAAUAAAGUGAAUAUUAAAACAA